CAUUCUCCUUCGCAACGCGGGCGCGGUGUGAGUUAGGACGUGUAACGAUGGAAAUUUCUUGGAAACGAGUUUUGUGGAUGUAUUUGUGUGCUUUUAUUGGAAGUCGAUUUAACAUUACGCUGUCGAGGGCACAAGACGUGAAAACUUGGCGCUUGACUACAAACUUUGACAACCCCCGGGUCUGGCAGGAUGGAAUACCACCUUGUGCGAACGACAAAGUGAUUUUUCCCGCUUCACCCCCCAUCACUGUUUACAUGCCGGAAGUCUUCUCAGUACGAGAAAUGGUGUUUCCACGCGAUGGUCAAUUUAUCUUCCCAGAAAAUGCGAGCAUAGCUUUCACGGGUGGACGCCAAGAAAAUGCUUGUAAAGGCAAAGAUAUCUUCUUUCAACGACCUGUUGAUUUCUGGUAUGACCCGUCUGGCUGGAACAUUACAUCAGACUGUGCAUUUCCACGGGUACCCUCAAGAAGAAAUGGCGCAGUCCCUCACGCUUUCCAGGUUCCAUGUCGAAUGGAUAAAGUGCGUUUUCCAUCCAAGAUGUCCUUCCAAGUGCACCACGACUAUCCUUCAACAACUGUAGCUGGCUUGCAAAUCAAUGAUAUCGGUUACACCGAGCAGCAGUUCAGGAGCCUGUUAGCAACUCCUGUGGGAAAGAUGUUGUUUCCGGAUAAUCCCGGAAUCCACAUUGCGCCUGUGGAGUGCAGCGAUCCGACAGGAUGUGCCUGCGGAAACGACAGUCCACGGGUACUGCCUACAAUUUGCAUGUUUGAAGUGAAAGAUAAAGCUUUGGAUUGCUCUGAUCCAAUCGAAGUAAUGGGACACUGUAAUCCAAUGUGUGGUGCAAAGAUUACAAUGAAGUAUAAAAGUGGCUUUGCCCUUAGCACAGUUUUGGAACUUCAUGAAAGUGUAUUGUCCAAGCCCGAGUUCCUGGCGGUUGAAAGUUUCACUUCGAAGACUCACGACGGACUCAUCCAGUCCAUUUUUGUCGAUGGCUCUGAAAUAAAAGGAUUGGCGAACAAAGCAGCUAAGCUAAUUCAUGAGUCUCUCAGUAAAGAUAUCAAAGAAAAGGGAAUGUACAAAGUAGAAUCGGCAGAAUUGCAAAAAUCAGAAGAAUGGGCAUCCGGAAUUAUGACAUACGAUCGCUUGGGAACAGAUGAUGGCUUGUCUUCGGGUGGAGUAGCAGGAAUAGUUAUUGUCGUCAUAGCACUGAUUGGUACUGCUGCAGCAUUUUAUAUUUACAAGAGGAGACAAAUCCCUGGAUUUUCAUUCGCCAGAUUUGACUUACGUGCUGACAAAAUAGAGCUGGAACUGGGAACCACACCGCAUGAGGAUCUGCAACCUGGGGAUAUCCCUACCUCUAGCGACCCACCGGUCAAGGAUAACGCUUUCGAUAACCCUGUUUAUGGCACCAGCAUCACUUCGGAAGUAUGUUCACUCGUGAAAUCUCUGCGAAAUUCACCAGAAGAGGUCCAGAACAUCAGGGAAGGAAAUGACUUCAUUGAAAAUCCUAUGUUUGUUAUUUUCGACGAUUCGUCUUCAAAGCAAGGAGAAAAAUGAACUGAUUUUAAAAUUAUCAGUGUUCUUUUGUUCGCUUUAAGAACGUUCGUCAUUGCAAUAAAUAAAACUUUGU